UCUUCAUUUUUAGAAUUCUUGUGUUAUUAAGUGUACGUGUGUGUUCAAAAUGCAGUGUGGUACCUGCUCAAUGCGAAGGUAUAAGGACCUUCAAUCUAUGGGCAUUUUGACGAAUGCUAUUGAAAACAACGAUAUCAAAAAUUUUACAAAAAUCGUUAUAAAUUUGGGUAGAAGUUUUUUUAGUGGAAGUAACGACUAUAGCUUUACCUUGUAUGCAGAAUCUAUGAAAAGAAAACGGAAAAAAAUAUUUGACUUUUUGCUUUCGUUUCAUGCUAGAGACGAUGAAGGGACCAUUGCUGCUUUAGAACACGUGCUGAAGAAUCAGAACUCUGUGCCUGAUUAUUUUGUUAACGAAUUGUUAAAGAAAUAUUCUUCUGUUACCAAUGAUGAAAAUCUGCUAUUCACAGCUGCUACAGUAAAGUGUCCCCAAGCCACGAAGCUCUUGCUGGACAAAGGACUUGACGCUAAUGCACAAUUCGGGGAUUGGACUCCACUUCAUAGGGCAUUAAUGAUAGAUCCGGAUAAUAGAAAUGAAGAAUUAAUUACCACUUUAUUAUGUUAUGGUGCUGAUCCUUCGGUUGAAGCUUAUAAUGGAUACAACUGCUUCGAACUAGCAGUGAGGAAUAAACACACAGAUUUUGUCCGAGAAAUGUUAUUUGAUUUUACAUUUGAUUAUCACUUACACCAUAAACUGCAUAUUAGUGUACUAUUACAACUGGGUAAACUAAAAUCGCCACUUUUUCAUCAACUGUUAAAACAUCACGUCGAAUUUUUCCUGGAUGACAACACUCGUACACCAUUUUCGGAAAAUCUGAGUGACUUGCUUCAACUGGAAUUUGACUAUUUUAAAAUCAUUUUCGAAGAGUAUAAUUCCAUAUGUUGCCAAAUUUUUGAGAAUCACAUCCUUGAUUACUUCAAGUCUGAACCUAGAUUUCGUAAAUAUUUCUUAAGAAAGCGCUUACCAGAUAUUGAAAGAUGUUUAUGUGGGGAACAAACUGUAAUGAAAUUGAACUUACUCCUUCACGGUCCAGCAUCUUUGAAUAAAAAUGUUAUCGAUUUUAUAAGCACGUUAGACAGUUACACAGUUUUUUCUUACCUUUCUGAAAGUAGCAAUCAAACAGAAGUUACAGAAAUAUUUGUUUAUUUAUUCAUUUAUGGUCUGAGAAUAAAAUCAAGCCUUUUUGACCGUGUGUUUGAAGAAUAUGGAUACUGCGAACUAUUCAAGCUUCUUUUGUUCUUGGAUUAUGAACGUAAGGACUAUGGAGUAAUUCAUCCGAGCGCAUUGGUCUUUUAUAUUUGUGAGAUUAAUUCGACCUUAGAUACACUUUCUCUGGGAAAAUACACGGUAGAUUCUGUGUUUGAACUAAUGAACUACUUUGUUCAUCCUAAACUGGAUAAAUAUCGUUCACGAGAAGUGCCGAGCAAAAAAUUGGCAAUAAAAGAAAAUUAUCCACAUAUGCCAAGUUUAGUCGAGCUUGCUCGAAAUACAUUUAGAGAGUAUUUUGUAACUAAACUUGACAUAAGAAGCACGCAACAGUUCUAUACCUUGCUUAACAGCCUUCCGAUCUCUGUUGACCAUAAAAAAAUUAUUAGCCUUGAAACCAAGUUAUAUGAUAAUUAUUAAACUAAAAAUAAAAGACAUGAUUCA